GGACAUGCGCCGUGUGCCCACUUCCUCCACGGCUUCUCUUCUCUCCAGUUUGUCUGUGUUGAUAGCGGCUUUUGCUUCCACACGUGCAAUAAGUCCUAUGUGAAUUCCUCUCCUUCGUACCCGUUUAUAAGUUCAUCCUGCUCUGUCAGACAGGUUUAAAGCCAUAGUAACCAACAACCAUGGGGGCUUAUCUGUCGCAACCUAACACAUCCAAGACCUCCUCCGAUGGCGGCAACAGCAACAUGAGCUACGGCUUCUCUGCCAUGCAAGGAUGGCGUGUUUCCAUGGAGGAUGCUCACAACUGUAUCCCAGAGUUUGAUGAGGAGACCACUAUGUUUGCUGUGUAUGAUGGACAUGGAGGUGAAGAGGUAGCCUUGUAUUGUUCAAAGUACCUACCUGACAUCAUAAAGGAGCAGAAGACAUACAAAGAUGGGAAACUACAAAAGGCUCUGGAGGAUGCCUUCUUGGCUAUCGAUAGUAGAAUAACCACAGAAGAAGUAAUCAAGGAGCUGGUCCAGAUCGCCGGGCGGCCCACUGAGGAGCCACCCACUGAGAAGGUGGCAGAGGAGGAUGAUUUGGACACAGAGGAGGCAGCUCUGCUUCACGAGGAGGCCACCAUGACCAUUGAGGAGCUGCUGGUACGUUACGGCCAGAACCGCAACGCAGUCAAACAUGCUGCCGCCAUCAGUGCGGCCGCUAAGAAGGUGUCCUGCCCACACCCUGACACAACUGGAGAAGAUGGUGGUGAAGGACAGAGGAAGGAGGAGGGGUUGAAUGGGGAGAUGGAGGAGGAAGAGAGUAAUGGAAAAGUGAAGGAACGUGAAGGAGCUGCGUGUGGGUCCAAGCUGCGAGCCUGUCGAAGAACAGGAGGAGCUGAAAGCACUGAUGCAGCAGCCAGGGAGUCUGGAAGCUCCAAUGGAGAGGAGAAGGCCGGUAAGGCAGAAGGAGAUGCAGGUCCUUCCUGCUCUUCUUUGUCUUCUAAAGCUUCUGGAGAUUCAAAGUCCAGAUUUUUUGAUGACAGCGAGGAAUCUGAGGAGGGGGAAGAGGAGGAGGGCAGCGAUGAGGAGGACGGUAGUGAGGAUGAAGAAGGUGAUAGCAGUGAGUUGGAAGAAGAGGAAGACACAGAGGAGGGAGAGGAAGACUCUGAGGAGGAAGAUGAGGAGGAAAUGUGUCUACCUGGAAUGGACGGCAAGGAGGAGCCUGGCUCAGACAGCGGCACUACAGCUGUUGUGGCUCUAAUCCGAGGGAAGCAACUGAUCGUAGCCAAUGCUGGAGACUCUCGCUGUGUGGUCUCUGAGCGUGGUAAAGCUGUGGACAUGUCGUACGACCACAAGCCAGAGGAUGAGGUGGAACUGGCUCGAAUCAAAAACGCUGGAGGGAAAGUGACCAUGGAUGGUCGAGUCAACGGUGGACUGAACCUGUCCAGAGCUAUUGGUGACCACUUCUACAAGAGGAACAAGGCUCUGCCUCCAGAGGAGCAGAUGAUUUCUGCGAUGCCAGACGUUAAAGUCCUGACGCUUAAUGAGGAACACGACUUCAUGGUCAUUGCCUGUGACGGCAUCUGGAAUGUGUUGAGCAGUCAGGAAGUAGUGGACUUCAUCAGUGAAAGGAUCAAACCAGACCAGAGCGGUAAAACCAGGCCUCUGUCAUCCAUAGUGGAAGAGCUGCUGGACCACUGCUUGGCUCCCGACACGUCUGGAGACGGAACAGGAUGCGACAACAUGACCUGUAUCAUCAUCACCUUCAGGCCUCACUCUGCUCAAAGCCAGUCAGACGACACAAAGAAGAGGAAGCACCAAGAUGAGGCAGAAGGGAAGGAGAUGGAGAAGAAUGGAAACGACAGCAAAAAGGCAAAGAGUGACUAAGGAUGCAGGAAAAACUCACAGGAGGAGCAGCUGGUCCCAGGCCAUCGCAGAUACACCAGAGACACAUUCUGUUCAAAAUUAGAUUCUUACCUCACAAACAUUAAAUUCAUCCUACAUGAGAAUUCACAAAUUCUAUAUGUAUACUCAGAUCCACUGAACCAAGAUCGUGAGUGUAAAUAUAUAUUUUUUGGAUUUUUCCCUCCAAUACCCCUUUCAAUUUUUCCUUGUUCCUUGUAAAAUGAAGCUGAACAUGGUUCUACUUUUUAAACUCUGGAGAAGAUAAAUGGUACAUCAUUUGUUACUAGAGUGAAGAUGUAGGAGAAAACUUUAGUCAGCAGAGACUGGUGUGUAUUUCUAAAUGCACGUCAGAGAUGGCUCAUCGUUUCUGCUGAGAGUGCGCUCUUAUGUUAAAAUCAAUUCCCAUGUGGCUGUUGAUCUGUUCAGAUUCACUUUGAGAAAAGCUAAUGUAGUGACCAACGUCUCUAGGCUGUGCACAUUUUUCAAUGUGUCAGUCAUGUUCACCGCAGUUCUGUUUUUUAAGUGUGCACAUGUUUCUUUUUCAACUUGAAACUGCACAAUACUCUGUGGGUGUUGUGCCCAAAAUGAUGCUGUAGUCAAUGUAUCCCAACAAAGUGCCAUAAAUGUUAUACAUUUUUUUUGUAAGCACCAUUUCGCACACUUAAAUUUGCUGAAUGGACCAGAAAUGACUGCAGCUAAAUUGGCAUUGCAUAGUUACAGGACUGAAAUGUGUCUUCUCUCAUUACAAAUGAGAAUAGACACUCAUCUAAAAUUAAAGUUACAUCACGAUGCAGUGGGAAUGUGUGUGUUUGUCUAGCGUUGCACUGAAUGUGUCAGCACCUGUUUCAGGUUCCCUCUGUUUAACGCUCCCCAAAUUUCUUCAGGAGCAGUUUAUGUGGGGUUCAGAUUCCACCCUCCAACAGGAGGAACUUAAGGAUGCAGGAGCGUGUGUAGUCCAAUCGCUCUAGUUUGCCAUUUUGAUUUUUGACCCAUGACCAUCUUCUUAUAAUCUGACAAAUGAGGGUCAUAUUCAGCUUUUUCUUUUUUUUUUUUUUCCUUGUAACAGAGCACCCCAAACAUCGCCAUCGUCAACUUUCUCUUCAUUCCUGCUUUUUGUUUUGUCUUCACUGGUAUCUGUAAAUUUCCAGAUGGUUUAUAAGAGAAAAUGCCAGGGUUUUGGGGGCUAGUCUACUUUUCAUCUCUGUAAAAUAGAGGGAAAUGGCGUCUCUGAGUGUCCAUCCACAGAGACUGCACUGCUGCAGCAGGAAGCCUGGACUGAUCCACCACAUUCCUUGCUCCAGGGCUCUAAUGAACUCCACCCAGCUGUUCCAUGAUUUUCACUCCCAACACCUUUUUAAGAAUAUGUGUUUUAAGCAGAGAGCAUUUCCACUCAGCAUUUGUUUAAUUUUUGACGAGUCAGUCCUUGGGUGGGUUUUUUUUUUUAAAGUCCUUGUGAGCACAUUCUGAAAACACCCUGAUGUUGGACUGUGGAGAGGAUCAUCACGGUUAUUUUUUGAGUGGAAAUACAAUUUAAAGUUCAGAGCACCAAGACAGUGUAACUGUUAAGACUGUUUUUCUUUAUUUGCAGAAGCCUCAUGUAAACCAUACUGUGUGACUGUGCGUCUGUUUCUCGUAUUCUAUCUUGUCACCAUGCCCUUUUUUCUGUACAUAGUUUUUCAAUACUUUAACUAAUUGAAGAAAAAGAAGAUGGUUUUUCUUUGUAAUUGUGAGUCAAUGUGACAUUUUUGGUGCAUACUGUUUUGACACCAGUAUGUAAGUACAUACAAAUACAUUUUUUUAAAUAAUGAAACU